ACCACAUUGCAGUCUUGGCACGGAAGGCGGCUAGCACUAACAAUUCAGGGCCUCCCGAUGACUCACCGGAGAUAUACCAUGGACAUGGUGAAAUUGCGUGGAAUUGAUGCUCAGACGUCUCCGGUGGAGAUACAAACCGCAAAGAAAACAGUUUGAAACCUUGUUCGUAUUUCCUGGUGUUGAAAGAGGCGAGUGUCCUCAGCGAGUUGGCGAGUUUGUUAGUGCACGCCACCAGGGCCACGUAUCACGGAGCGGGGUCAGGAACAAAACCCGCAACCCGCUAUUUCAGGGGGCCGGCGCCGACUUCCCCCGCACAUCUUCCCUUGAUCCCGUCUUGAAUCCGAGACCGAGAUCAACGUCGAUCCGGAUCCUGUGCACCAUUGCAUCACCGGCGAACUGUUGUCAAUGAUCAGACCAGGAGCAACACCAUCAAAACCGUCGCAAACAUGGGAUCGCACCAAGUAAAGGCCCAAGCGUUCUACGGCGCCGUCAUCCACUCGCUGUCAACGCCUGGCCAUGACCUUGAGAUCCUUCCUUCCGCCCUUUUGAUCGUUGAGUCGCAAGGCGUAGUCACUUCAUUUCACAAGGAUGUGAAGCCGGGAGAGGUUGAAAGCCUCGUAGAUACCACCGCCACAACCCUCCACCGCCUCUCGCCCUCCCAAUUCCUCAUUCCCGGCUUCAUCGACACCCACAACCAUGCCCCUCAAUGGGCCCAGCGUGGCCUCGGCCAAGGCCAACACAUCCUGGACUGGCUUUCCGCAAUCACCUUCCCCAACGAAGGUCGCUUCCGCGAUCCCUCCCACGCACAGCGUAUUUACUCAUCGGCCAUCGACGGCUUCCUUCGACAAGGCAUCACCACCGCUUCCUACUAUGGCUCCAUUCACCCCGAGGCAACCAACAUCCUCGCCGAUCUCUGCUUGGCCAAAGGCCAGCGCGCAUUCGUAGGGAAAUGCAACAUGACGCGCAACUCCCCCGACUACUACCGCGAUGCGUCCAUCGAGCAGUCCCUCCAAGACACAGAAUCCUGCAUCGCCCACAUUCGGAAGAUUGACCCCGAGGGAAAGCUAUUGAAACAUGUCCUCACCCCGCGCUUUGCCAUCUCCUGUGACGCCGAAUGCCUGGCUGGCCUCGGGCAAAUAGCAGCCAAGAACCCCGACCUGCCUAUCCAGACGCACUUCAACGAAGCGGAGCAGGAGAUCACCGCCACCCGCGAGUUCUUCCCCCAGUUUUCCUCCGAAGCAGAUCUCUACGCCCACUACGGUCUUUUGACCAAACGAUCCAUCCUUGCGCACUGCUGUUACAUGACCCCCUACGAGUUCGACAGGCUCAAAGAGUUGCAGUGCGGCGUUGCUCAUUGCCCGAUAAGCAACAUGACGGUGGGCGGCGGGUUCAUGGCCGCUCCGAUUCGGGAGUUUCUCAACCGGGGGAUCAAAGUCGGUCUGGGGACUGACAGUGGAGGAGGGUUUUCGAGCUCGAUGCUGGAUGCGAUAAGGCAGGCGAUGAUUGCUAGUCAUGCGCGGGAGGUUGAGUCGAAGGGGAGAGAUAAGGGGUUGAAAAUUGCGGAGGUGUUUUAUUUGGCGACGCUGGGAGGGGCCGAGGUUUGUUGUCUCGAGGGGAAGGUGGGGAAUUUCGAGGUGGGGAAGGAGUUCGAUGCGUUGGUAGUGGACUGGGAGAGAGACGGGGUGAUGACAAUGGUGGAGGAGGAGGACGGGUUGGGGACGGUGUUCGAGAAGUUCGUGAUGACGGGGGAUGAUAGGAAUAUCGUGAGGGUGUUUGUGAAGGGGAGGGUGGUGAGGGAGGUGGGCAUAUGAGGGUGGCGGAUGAUGAGAUCCACCUGGUUGAGAUGGGUCCUUCGUGGAUGUUGGAAGGAAUAAUGUUUUUGGGGCAACAAUGAGCGGCGCUGUUAGGUUGUUUUUGUUCAUAAGGCCUGCUCCAUCCACUGGUACAUUGUCUCCUUCCUCCAUGCAGCCACAACUCUGUCGCCAGUUACCACCUGCGCACAGCACAGAAUCUGUCUGCGCAUUGCUUUCUCAUCCCGUCCAAGACGACUUUUCCAUGCGAUCUCUGACAUUUGAACGGUGAUGGGGCCAAAAACCCGCGAGUACUCCAGUCUGGUAGCCC